AUGGCAAAAGUGAUCAGAAACCGUUGGGUAUACCGUCCCGACAACAAAUGGACUCGUUAUUUGCCACGUAGAAACGAUGGAAUCAAAGAAUUCGAUUACGAAAAGGGCGGAGCCACGUUGAGACACUACGCUGAUGAGAUUUCAGAGGAUGCGCGUCCAAAACAAGCGUCAAAACUGUGGAUGGCGUGGUUGUAUCGAGAUUUGGCCGGAGAACCGAAAUGGACCAAAAAACAUGUGGAAAACUUGUUCGGUGCCGAUUUUAAGAUUGGUCGAAUGGAAGUGUUCCGUAACACGGAACUAAUGAACGAAGAGUUGUGGAAAGUGAAACAUCUCAUCGAACUGCGUCCAAUCGAAUUCGCGAAUGGAAUCGAACCGACGGACGAUGACGUCUUCUCGACACGUCUUCAACCGAAUGGACGAUGUGAAGUCAUUCAGGGUGGACACGUCGCCACCGAAAACGAUUUGAAAUUGGCUGACGAUGGGAAACAGUGGAGCCGAAAGGAGUUGGGACGUGACUUGAACAAGAAGUAUCAUCAGUAUCAGAGUGUCUUCGAGCAGAACGUCUACACGCCUAAUAAUAUCACUGUUCUCAAAUAA